CAUAUUUAAAACUACAGUAGCAAAAGUGAACGAUAAUAGCUGCUGUAGUUAAAACUGUGUUAGCUAUCAACGCCCUUGAUUCGUGUAGUUGAUAUAUAACAUGAGUAAAAGUUUUUUCCAGAGCGGUAACGCGUACAGUGGCGCCUACCGCGACUACAUGUUCGUAAAGCGGCCGCUGAUAAGGAUCAAGGUGGUCGCGCACCCCGGCACCACCAACAUUACCUUCGAGCCCACUCUCGACCAGAUGAAGGUGCACAUCGUGAAGUGGUUCCACUCCAUCAUCAACGUCAACUACCAUUUGCCGAGCGUCGACAGCAUCAUGUAUCCAGGCGCCAGUCGUCCAAAGCCGUACUUGCUGGCAGUGUAUCCUGACGAAGGCUACAUGGUGGACACCAUCAACCGCUGUAUACGGGACUUCUGCGCCAACCGGCCCGGCCCCAUCAGCUUCCUAAGUAGUUUCCAGGAGUACUUUUAUAUCCUCAACGGAGAAGCGUACCAGGAGCUCAUGCAGUUUUAUGCACAGGAACCUGCUCCUUACUUGAAAGACUUCUCAGCUCGCAUCUACAUGUACGAGAAACUGCGCGACGAGGUGGUAUUCCUGCGGCGCGACAUCCCGCUCAACAUGGUGAUGCUGGACUGUGGUCCCAUCAACGACGCCAUGUGGGACAUCGUCGACGGCCUGCGCCGCCAGAUCGUCGACCACUUCACCGCCGUCAACAGGAAGUGGAAUAGGGCUAUCUGCAACGUGUACGAGGAGAUGGCGGCGCGCGCGUCGGAGAGCCCCGAGACGACGGCGCAGCUGGUGGAGCUCAUCGGCUACAUCCAGGACUGCCGCGACUGCGCCAUGUUCGACCUGCGCGAGAAGGCGCGCACCACCGCCGAAUACGUGCUGUUUCUCAUGCAGCAUGCGCAUCUCUCUUUCGAAGAUAUAAAUCUCAACACACGGGUGUUCCUUUGGCCGCUGGAUAUGGAGGACACAAUCGACCUCACUCUCAAGACUUUGACCACCAAGAAAACCAUGGCGGAAGACAAAUUGAGAAGUCGGAAGACGAUAUUCGAGGAGAAACUGAAGAAACACGAGAAAGAGUUGGAGGUGUUCAGGCGGUUCGACCCGCCACUGCUCAACCUCGACCUCCUUAAAGAGGUGGUGGCCAAAGUGGAUGAUAUAUUCAAUAAUUUAAUGGAAGACAAGCGUGAGGCCGAAAAUAUAAUAAAUGAAGAGGUGCUGCUCGACCAAGAACAGUCGGUGUAUUUCAGUCUGCAGACUAUGCUGACGGGCAUCGACCCCUUCCACAAACUCUGGCACACUGCCUACGACUUCUACGAAGGCUAUGAGAAAUGGUACCACGGUCCAUUCCUGGGGCUGAACGCGGAGCAGAUCUCAGAGGACGUGGAGGCGUGGUGGAAGCUGCUGUAUAAACUCGGCAAGCAGCUGUUCGAGUAUCCCGGCGCCAAGCGCAUCGCUGACAUGGUGCGCAACAAGGUGGAAAAGUUCAAGGUGUUGCUACCCGUGCUCUGCGCUAUAUGCAAUAAGGGCAUGCGCGAGCGGCACUGGGCGCGCAUCAGCGAGCUGGUGGGCGCGGAGGUGGCGCACGGGCCGGAGUGCUCGCUGGCCGACAUGGUGGAGCAGGGCGUGCACGUGUUCGGCGCGCAGCUCGAGGAGAUCGAGCAGUACGCCUCCAAGGAGUACGCGCUCGAGAAGGCGCUGCUCAAGAUGAAGGACGAGUGGAGAGGCAUCAAGUUCGAGGUCAUGCCUUACAGAGACACCGGCGUCGGUAUCCUAACUGGGCUGGAUGAUAUCCAGCAGCAGCUGGACGACCAUAUCCUGAAGUCGCAGACGAUGCGCGGCUCGCCGUACGUGAAAGCGUUUGAGGCAGACAUGGUCGCCUGGGAGGAAAAGCUUAUCAGUAUGCAGGACAUCUUGGACCAGUGGUUGCAGUGCCAAGCGACUUGGAUGUAUCUGGAACCGAUCUUUUCUUCUGAGGACAUCAUGCGACAAAUGCCUACUGAGGCGAGAAACUUCAAAGAUGUGGACAAGGAAUGGAAGACCAUUAUGACCGCCACGCAAAAGGAGCCCAUGGUCCUCCCAGCUACCGACUACCCGGGCCUCUUGAAGAAGCUGCGCCUGAACAACGCAUUGCUGGAUGAUAUACAGAGAGGACUGAACGACUAUUUGGAGAAAAAGAGACUGUUCUUCCCCAGGUUCUUCUUCCUCUCCAAUGAUGAAUUGUUGGAGAUCUUAUCUGAGACUAAGGAUCCGAUGCGAGUGCAACCGCACCUCAAGAAAUGCUUUGAAGGCAUCUACACGCUGGAUUUCAACGCUGCCAAAGAGAUCAUCGGCAUGGCGUCUGCUGAAGGGGAAAUUGUCAAGCUAUCUUCGAGUAUACAGCCCGCUGAUGCUAAGGGUAUGGUGGAACGGUGGCUGCAGCAGCUGGAGCACCAGAUGAUGGUGAGCCUGCGCGACGUGGCGGCCGAGUCCAUCACCGCCUACACCACCGCCGUGCGCGAGGAGUGGGUGCUGGCGUGGCCCGGACAGAUCGUACAGGCCGGCUCAUGUGUGCAUUACACUACCGAGGCGAUCGAGGCGAUCAAGACGAACAGUCUGCCGGCGCUGGUGGAGCGCAGCACGGCGCAGAUCACCGGCCUCGUGUACCUCGUGCAGGGCGAGCUCGAGCCCGGACACCGCGUCACCGUCGAGGCGCUCAUCGUGCUGGACGUGCACGGUCGUUCGAUCCUCGAGGAGAUGGUGAGUCAAAACGUGAUGGAUAUAACGGACUUCAACUGGAUCUCGCAGCUGCGGUACUACUUCCGCGGGGACCGCAUGGUGUGCUCCAUGAUCACCACCGACGUGGAUUACGGGUUCGAAUACCUGGGCAACAUCGGCCGACUCGUCGCCACCCCGCUCACCGACAGAUGCUUCAGAACGCUGAUGAGUGCGCUGAAGCUGAACCUGGGCGGCGCGCCCGAGGGCCCCGCCGGCACGGGCAAGACCGAGACCACCAAGGACCUCGCCAAGGCUGUCGCCAAGAAGUGCGUCGUCUUCAACUGCUCCGACGGUCUUGACUAUAAAGCUUUAGGCAAAUUCUUUAAGGGCUUGGCGCAGUCGGGCGCGUGGGCGUGCUUCGACGAGUUCAACCGCAUCGAGUUGGAAGUGCUGUCGGUGGUGGCGCAACAGAUCCUCUCCAUCCAGCUCGCAAUCCUACGUCGUGAGAAGCGUUUCGUGUUCGAGGGCACUGAGAUCAGCCUUAACCCGACCUGCUCCGUUUUCAUCACCAUGAAUCCUGGGUACGCGGGCCGCACGGAGCUGCCCGACAACCUGAAGGUGCUGUUCAGGACGGUGGCCAUGAUGGUGCCCGACUACGCCAUGAUCGGCGAGAUUACACUCUACUCAAACGGAUUCGUUUGCGCUGGACCGCUGGCGCGUAAGAUCGUGCAGGCGUACAAGCUGUGCUCGGAGCAGCUGUCGUCGCAGAACCACUACGACUACGGCAUGCGCGCCGUGAAGUCGGUGCUGCUCGCGUCGGGCGCGCUGAAGAAGAACUACCCCGAGAAGGACGAGGCGCAGCUCGUGCUGCGCGCCAUCAUCGACGUCAACAUGCCCAAGUUCCUCUCGCAGGAUGUUCCUCUGUUCGCCGGCAUAUACUCGGAUCUGUUCCCGGGAGUGGACAUACCGCAGCCGGACCGUGCCGAGUUGCUCAAGUGUAUCAACAAAGACCUGGAAAAGCGCAACCUACAGGCCACCGACUGGUACCUAGAGAAGAUUAUACAGAUCUACGAGAUGAUGCUGGUGCGGCACGGGUUCAUGGUGGUGGGCCCGCCCAUGGGCGGCAAGACGCAGGCGUACCAGUGCCUGGCGGAGUCGCUGCGCGCGCUGCAGCUGAUGAAGCCGCCGCCGCGGCACAAGGAGUUCGGCGCCAUCUACCGCAUCAUCAACCCCAAGGCCAUCACCAUGGGCCAGCUCUACGGCUGCUUCGACCCCGCCUCGCACGAGUGGUCCGACGGCGUGCUGGCGAUAGCGUUCCGGGAGUACGCGAUGUCGCUGACGCGCGACCGCAAGUGGAUCCUGUUCGACGGGCCCGUGGACGCCGUCUGGAUCGAGAACAUGAACACCGUGCUCGACGACAACAAGAAGCUCUGCCUCAUGAGCGGCGAGAUUAUUCAGAUGACCAACAAAAUGAACUUGAUCUUCGAGCCGGCAGACCUUGAGUUCGCGUCGCCCGCCACCGUGUCUCGCUGCGGCAUGAUCUAUAUGGAACCAGAACAACUCGGCUGGCGCGCUUUUCUCGCAUCAUACAAUACGCACCUGAGCAAGCGGCUGAUCCCGGAGCAGUUCGACUUGAUCCAGGAGCUCAUCGACUGGCUCGUGCCGCCCAUCUUCGAGUUCCUGCAGUCGCGCUGCCAGCACUUCGUCAACGUCGGAGAAAUACAUCAGUUCUACUCAUUCACGCGACUGUUAACGUGCCUGCUGGAGGGCGAGACGCAGUUCAGCACGGUGUGGCUCCAGUGCACCUUCGUGUUCGCGCUGCUCUGGGGCCUCUGCGCCACCAUCAACGGCGAGGGCCGCAAAUUGUUUGACACGUUCUUUCGCAAGCUGUUAGAUGGAAACAAUGCAACAUAUCCCAAGCCGAAGUCGUUCAAGCUGUCCAAGAACCAGUUGUUCCAGGAUAAGGACACUGUAUUCGAUUACGUAUACGACAAACGCAACAACGGCUCCUGGAUAUCGUGGGUCGAUUUGGAAAAAGAGGUGCCACUGCCCAGCAAUGCUAAAGUGAAUGAUUUGAUUAUCUUAACAAAUGAGAACGCGUGCCUGCGUUUCUUCGUUGCGAAGAUGGUUAAGUCGAAGAUCCCCAUUCUGCUGGUCGGGCCGACCGGGACCGGAAAGUCUUCUCUCGUCCUCAACUUCCUGCUGAGUCUGCCCAAGGAGAAGUACAUCACCAACACUAUCAACUUCUCAGCCAGGACAACGGCUAAUCAGACGCAAGAUAUCAUAAUGUCAAAAGUGGACAGGCGGCGUAAAGGCGUUUUUGGACCUUCUAUGGGUAAAAAAUGCGUGCUGUUCGUGGACGACCUGAGCAUGCCGCAGAAGGAGCAGUGGGGCGCGCAGCCGCCGCUCGAGCUGCUGCGUCAGUGGAUCGACCACGGACACUGGUACGACCUCAAGGAGAUGGUGCGCCAGGAGGUCGUCGACGUGUUAUUUGUGUCGGCAAUGUUGCCGCCGGGCGGCGGGUCGAACCUGAUCUCAUCACGUCUGACGAGGCACAUGCUGCUCAUCACGCUAGACUCCUUUGAGGACAACACCCUCAACAAGAUCUUCUGCACCAUCAUGGACUGGCACUACGCUAAGGGGUUCAACGAUACCCUCUGUAGAACUAGCAAGACGGUGGUGAGCGCCACGAUGGAGGUGUACAAGUCGGUGACGCUGCAGUUCCUGCCGACGCCGAGCAAGUGCCACUACCUGUUCAACCUGCGCGACUUCGCGCGCGUCAUCAAGGGCAUCCUGCUCGUGCCCGCCACGCACAUGAAGGAGCUCAACAAGCUCGUGCUGCUGUGGGUGCACGAGACCUACCGCGUCUUCUACGACCGCCUCGUCGACGACGCCGACAGGCAGAAGUUGUUCGACGUGGUGUACAAGGCUGUGUAUGGAAACUUCCGCGUCCACAUGGACCAAGUGAUGCAAGAGCUCGGCUACGUACCCGAUGGCGAGAAGCUCGCCAACAAACACGCCGCCACCAUAUUCUUCGGUAACUACAUGGAACCCGACGCGGACCCCAAGAUCUACGACCAGGUAACGGACCUCGAUGACAUGGCGGUGAAGAUGGAGUACUAUCUAGAGGAGUACAACGUGGUGUCAUCGUCGCCGAUGGCGCUCGUCAUGUUCCGCUACGCGCUGGAGCACAUCUCGCGCUGCACCAGAGUACUGUUACAAGACAAUGGCAACCUCUUGCUGGUGGGCGUGGGGGGCAGCGGUCGGAGCAGUGCUGUGAAACUUGCCGCUAGUAUUUUAGAAAUGAAUGUUAUACAGAUCGAGAUAUCUCGCGUAUACGGCCAGAACGAGUGGCGCGACGACCUGCGCAAGAUGCUGAUGAAGGCGGGCAUCAUCGGCAAACCGCUCGUCUUCCUCUUCGCUGACAACCAGAUAAUGUACGAGGGCAUGGUGGAGGAUAUCAACAUGCUGCUGAAUACGGGCGACAUCCCCAACCUGUACGGCAUGGAAGAGAAGGUCGAGAUCCUGGACAAGAUGCAAGCCGCCGUCAGGGAAGCGGGCAAGAAAAUUGAGACGACCCCGCUGGCGAUGUUUGGGUUUUACGUGGAGCGCGUGAAGGCGAACCUCCGCAUCGUGCUGGCGAUGUCGCCCAUCGGGGACUCGUUCCGCAACCGACUGCGCAUGUUCCCCUCGCUAAUCAACUGCUGCACCAUCGACUGGUUCACGGCGUGGCCGCCGGACGCGCUGGAGCGCGUGGCGAGCAUGUUCAUCUCGAAGAUGGAGAGCGUGGAGGAGGAGCUGCGCGUGGCGUGCGUGGAGAUGUGCCAGCUGUUCCACACCAGCGUCGUGCGCCUCAGCGACAGGUUCUACGCUGACCAGAAGAGAAAAGUGUACGUGACUCCGACGAGCUAUCUAGAGUUGAUAAAGGCGUUCCAGAGCCUGUACGCCAUGAAGGUGGAUCAGAUAACUAAGUCAAGAAUCAGAUAUGAAACCGGAUUGGAGCAGCUGGACUUUGCGGCGGGACAGGUGGCCGUGAUGCAGCAGAACCUGAUCAGCCUGCAGCCGCUGCUCGUGGAGACCUCCGACAAGACCGAGAAACUCAUGAUAAAGAUCGAGCAGGACACUGUCGUUGUGGAAAAGCAGAAAGAGAUCGUAGGCGCGGAUGAGGCGCUGGCGAACGAGGCGGCGGCGGCGGCGCAGGCCAUCAAGGACGACUGCGAGUCGGACCUGGCCGAGGCCGUGCCCGCGCUGCAGGCGGCGCUGGACGCGCUCAACACGCUCAAGCCGGCCGACAUCACGCUCGUCAAGAGCAUGAAGAACCCGCCCGCCGGCGUCAAGCUCGUCAUGGAGGCCGUCUGCGUCAUGAAGGGCAUCAAGGGCGACCGAAAGAUGGACGCCAACGGAAAGCCGUUCGAAGAUUUUUGGGGUCCGUCGCAGAAGAUGCUCGGCGACAUGAAAUUCUUGGACAGUUUGAAGAACUACGACAAAGACAACAUCGCGCCGGCUAUCAUGAAGAAAAUCAGAGACAAGUAUAUUCCGGACCGCGAGUUCGACCCGGCCGUCAUCGCCAAAGUGUCGUCAGCCUGCGAGGGCCUCUGCCGCUGGGUCAGGGCCAUGGAUGUCUACGACAGGGUCAUUAAGGUGGUGGCCCCGAAAAAGGCGGCGCUGGCGGAGGCGGAGGCGGAGCUGCAGGCGCAGAUGAACACGCUCAACCAGAAGCGCGCGCAGCUGCAGGCCGUGCUCGACAAGCUGCAGGCGCUGAACGACGAGUUCGCCGAGAUGACACGCAAGAAGAAGGGUCUGGAGGACGAGAUCGACCUGUGCUCUACGAAGCUGUCGCGCGCCGAGCAGCUCAUCGGCGGGCUCGGCGGCGAGAAGGCGCGCUGGACCGACCUCGCGCACCAGCUGCAGGACCUGCUCUCUAAUAUUAUUGGUGACGUGCUGCUGUCGGCCGGGUUUAUCGCGUACCUGGGCCCCUACACCGUCAACUACCGCCGAGAGAUCAUUCAGAUGUGGAACGUUCGCGCCAAGGAUUUAUUAAUCCCGUGCUCUGAGACGUACUCUCUGAUAACGACGCUGGGCGAGCCGGUAGUGAUCCGCGCGUGGAACAUCGCCGGGCUGCCCGUCGACGCCUUCUCCAUCGAGAACGGCAUCAUCGUGGACAAGUCGCGCCGCUGGCCGCUCAUGAUCGAUCCGCAAGAGCAAGCAAACAAAUGGGUGAAGAACAUGGAGCGCGAGAACCAGCUGAAGAUUAUCAAGCUCACGGACUCGAACUACGUACGGGUUCUGGAGAAUGCGAUCCAGCUGGGGAUGCCAGUCAUCCUGGAGAACAUCCGCGAGCAGCUCGACGCCGUGCUCGAGCCCGUGCUGCUCAGGAACGUGUUCAAGUCUGGGGGCGUCGACUGCUUGAAGCUUGGCGACAACGUGCUAGAGUACAAUCAUAGUUUUCGCUUCUACAUCACCACCAGACUAAGCAACCCGCACUACCUGCCAGAGAUUGCUGUUAAGGUGACGAUGCUGAACUUCAUGAUCACGCCACAAGGACUGCAAGACCAGCUGCUGGGCAUCGUGGUGGCACAGGACCGGCCCGAACUGGAACUCAAGAAAAACCAGCUCAUCGUCGAGGGCGCCACCAACAAACGCACUCUCAAGGAAAUCGAAGACAAGAUACUAGAGGUUCUGUCAUCAGCUGGCAAUAUUCUGGAGGACGAGUCUGCGAACCAGAUACUGUCGUCGUCGAAGGUGUUGUCGAUCGAGAUCGAAGCGAAGCAGGCGGCGGCCGCCAUCACCGAGCUGGAGAUCGACGAAGCGCGUCUGCUGUACGUGCCCGUCUCCAAGCACAGCUCGGUGCUAUUCUUCUGCAUCUCCGACCUCGCUACCAUCGAUCCUAUGUAUCAGUACUCUCUCAAUUGGUUUAUAAACCUAUACAACCAGGCGAUCAUAAACUCGCCGAAAAGCGAUGUCCUGGACGAGCGGCUCGACACCCUGAACGCGUACUUCACACGCAGCGUGUACGAGAACGUGUGCCGCAGCCUGUUCGAGAAGGACAAACUCGUCUUCUCACUCGUGCUCACGCUCGGAAUAUUAAGGGCUAAGGGAGCCAUCGACGACGAGCUGGUGGUGUUCCUGCUGACGGGCGGCGUGGCGCUCGAGAACCCGCUGGAGAACCCCGCGCCCUCCUGGCUCUCCGACAAGGCCUGGUCCGAGAUCGUGCGCUCCAGCAACCUGCCCGGACUACGUGGAUUCAGAGAAAACUUCGUGUCGAACAUAAAAGCUUGGAAGGAGUUUUAUGACUUGUCGGCGCCGCACGAGAACCCCUUCCCCCCACCCUUUGAGGAUAUUAAGGGGAUUCCCAAACUGAUCAUGUUGCGCUGCAUCCGACCGGACAAGCUGAUCCCGCUGGUGCAACAGUACGUGGUGGAGGAGAUGGGCCGGCCCUAUAUCGAGCCGCCGCCCUUCGACUUGGAGAAGUCAUACAACGACAGUAACUGCUGCUCACCGCUCAUCUUCAUCCUAUCAGCCGGCUCCGACCCCAUGUCCGGCCUCGUCAAGUUCUCUAUGGAGAAGAAAGUCGUCAGCUUCGAGACCAUAUCGCUCGGUCAAGGACAGGGGCCCAUAGCUGCCAACAUGAUAAACCAAGCGAUAGUGUCUGGCGGUUGGGUGGUGCUACAGAACUGCCACGUAAUGGACUCGUGGAUGGGAGAGCUGGAGCGCAUCUGCGCCGAAGUGAUUAUUCCUCAGGCCACGCACACCAAUUUCCGCUGUUGGCUCACCUCGUACCCCAGCAAAGCGUUCCCCGUCACUGUACUGCAGAAUGGUGUAAAAAUGACAAACGAGGCGCCGAAGGGUCUGAAGAACAACAUGUUUCGGUCGUACAUCUCGGACCCUAUUUGCGACCCCGAGUUCUACAUCUCGUGCCCGCGCACGGAGGACUGGCGGCGGCUGCUGUUCGCGCUGUGCUUCUUCCACGCCAUCGUGCAGGAGCGCCGCGCCUUCGGCCCGCUCGGCUGGAACAUACAGUACGAGUUCAAUGAGAGUGACCUCCGAAUCUGCAUCAUGCAGCUGCAGAUGUUCCUGACAGAGUACGCGGAGACACCGUUCGCUGCGUUGAACUAUCUCGCCGGGGAGUGCAACUACGGUGGCCGCGUCACCGACGACAAAGACAGAAGGCUCAUCCUGUCAUUGCUCUCCAUAUUCUACAAUGAGGAGGUCACUGCCAACCCUGAUUAUUCGUUCUCGCCGAGCGGUGACUAUCGCAUGCCGCCCAGCAUGGACUACAACUCAGUGCUGGAGCACAUAAAGGCGUUCCCGCUCAUCGCCAAACCGGAGGUGUUCGGCCUGCAUGAAAACGCUGACAUCACUAAAGACAACAAAGAGGCUGCAGCCUUGCUGUUCGGAUGCCUGCUGACGCAAGCGGCGAUAGUGGGCGGCGGCGGCGGCGAGGCGGGCGACGCGGGCGGCGUGGUGGAGCUCACGCGCGACAUGAUGGCGCGCCUGCCGCCGCAGUACGACGUGCCCGGCGUCGCGACCAAGUACCCCGUGCAGUACUACAACAGCAUGAACACCGUGCUCAAGCAGGAGUUGAUCCGGUAUAACCGGCUGCUAUCGGUGGUGCGGCGCACGCUGCACGGCGUGCACCUGGCGGCGCAGGGGCUGGCCAUCAUGAGCGCCGAGUUGGAGCAGUGCAACAAUGCGUUCGUCAAGGGCAUCGUGCCCGGCGUCUGGAUGUCCAAGUCGUAUCCCUCCAUGAAACCCCUCGGCUCUUAUGUCGCCGACUUUCUCUCCAGGUUGAAAUUCCUCCAAGAUUGGAUCGAUGAGGGUCCCCCGAUCGUGUUCUGGAUAUCAGGUUUCUACUUCACGCAGUCGUUCCUCACGGGCGUUCUUCAAAACUACUCGCGACACAAUAAGAUCCCCAUAGACCAGGUGCACUUCGAGUUCACCAUCACCGGGAUGGAGGCUGAGUGCCAAGAGGAACCCGAGUUCGGAGUCUAUUGCAAGGGUCUGUUUUUGGAAGGAGCUCGGUGGAAUCGUCAAACGAUGCAGUUGGACGAAUCGUACCCAAAGAUCCUGUUUGAUACUAUACCCAUCAUCUGGUUCCAACCGGCUCUGAUAGCAGACUUCAGCCCCCCGCCGUGCUACUUCUGUCCUAUAUACAAAACGAGUGAAAGAAAAGGCGUGUUGGCAACAACGGGACAUUCGAGCAACUUUGUAAUGUACAUCACUCUGGCGUCAGACAUACCGCAGAAGCACUGGAUCAACAGGGGCGUCGCGAGCUUGACGCAGCUUGAUGAUUAAUACUGAGACCUCGCUAGAUCUAUCUCUAUAGUCUACAACUGUGCGCCUAUGUGUGCGUUUCUCUUAGCUUAUAUUAAUGUAAUAACUGUGUGCUUAUUAUAACUACUGUGAUAUCGUAACUAGUCUAAACUUUUUAUAAUAAACUGUACUGCCGAUUUUU